CAUCAUGACAAUUCAAGAAAAACCCUCUCCCAUAUCCUCCGCCUACGUGGAAUUAAGGUAACUAAAUUUUCACAUUUUUCUCAUUGUUUUUCCUAUUUCCUGCAUUUUCUUUUGGUCGUGUCUUUCCAUUUGGAACUUGGAAGGGCAGGAAUUUGAUGGGAAAUAGAUAUGGGAAUGACGGCGAACGUGGCAAUAUUAGCCACGUGGCAAAAGCCGAGCCAAAAUGGAGUCUAGUCAUCACCAAAGUUGACUGCUCCACCAAUUACCAUCGAUUAAUCAAUUUAAACACUCUCUCUUUGAAGGAGAAUCAUUCUGCUACCGACUUCUGAGAAGGGAGGCUGCUGCUUCUUCUUCUUUCUUUGUUCGUACAUCCAUGGCCGAUUGAAAAUUUUCAUUUCCUACGCUUCCCAUCCUUAAUCCUAGUACCGAAAACCCAUAAAAAUUCAAUCGUUUCCCUUAUCUGGGUCUCUUCGAUUCCUCCCGAAUUCUCAAUUUUCCUUGUCAAGGUUUUUGUUUUCCCCCCAAUUUGAGGGCUCAAUUUGGGGGUUUCCAACAUGAGUCCGACGAAGGAUUCGAAUAAAAUAUCAGUACUGAAUCAACUACUUGCGGUCGUGAAGGAGAUUUCUGGGUUACCCGAGUGUAGAAACACCACCAAGAAGAUGUAUUACAAUUUGGUGAGGAGGGUCAAGCUUUUGAGUCCUCUGUUUGAGGAAUUGAAGGACAGCGAAGAGGAGCUCGAGGACAGCGAGAUUCGAGCCUUUGAGUUGCUGAGAGUUGCUCUCGAUUCCGCUAUGGACCUUCUCAAAUUGGUCAACGAAGGGAGUAAGCUUUAUCAGGCUCUGCAAAGGGACAAAAUUGCAGAUAAGUUUUGCCAAAUGACAGAUCAAAUUGAAGCGUCGUUGAGCAGUAUUCCUUAUGAUAAACUCAAUGUAUCAGAGGAAGUUCAAGAACAGAUUGAGCUUGUUCAUGCUCAAUUCAAAAGAGCGAAGGGAAGAACAGACUCACCUGAUUUACAACUAGAUAGGGAUUUAGAAAUAGCACAGAAAGAAAAAGACCCUGAUCCUGAAAUUCUAAGAAGACUAUCCGAAAACCUGCAACUCAGGACUAUCAAUGAUUUGAAGAAAGAAUCUCUGGCUUUGCAUGAAAUGGUUAUCUCAAGUUCUGUAGAUCCAGGGGACUGCUUUGCAAAGAUGUCAUCUCUGCUUAGAAAGCUCAAGGAUUAUGUAUUAACAAUAAACCCUGAAGCAGACACAUCAGAGGGUGAAAAGGGCUUCAUCAAGCACAGAUCUCCUGUUAUCCCAGAUGAUUUCCGGUGCCCAAUCUCUCUUGAACUGAUGAGAGAUCCUGUUAUAGUCUCUACUGGACAGACAUAUGAAAGAUCCUGCAUUCAAAAAUGGCUGGAUGCAGGGCACAAGACCUGUCCUAAGACGCAGCAGACUCUGUUGCACACUGCCUUAACACCCAACUAUGUUUUGAAGAGUUUAAUUGCUUUAUGGUGUGAGAGCAAUGGCAUUGAGCUCCCAAAAAAUCAAGAUAAUUGUAGAAACAAGAAGACCGGAAAAUUUGUUUCAGACUGUGAUAGACCCGCUAUUCAUGCCUUAUUGCAGAAACUACUUGACGGGAAUCCAGAAAUACAAAGAGCAGCAGCUGGUGAGCUCCGGUUGCUGGCAAAGAGGAAUGCAGAUAACAGAGUAUGCAUUGCUGAGGCAGGAGCCAUUCCUCGGCUUGUAGAACUACUAUCCUCCACAGAUCCCCGGACCCAAGAGCAUGCUGUUACAGCACUUCUCAACCUCUCCAUAAAUGAGGCUAACAAGGGAAGUAUUGUAAUAUCAGGAGCUAUUCCAGAUAUAGUGGACGUUCUAAAAACUGGCAGCAUGGAAGCAAGAGAAAAUGCUGCUGCAACCCUUUUCAGUUUAUCGGUCAUAGAUGAGAACAAGGUGAUAAUAGGAGCGGCUGGGGCUAUCCCAGCUCUUAUUGAUCUGCUUUGUCAGGGAACCCCAAGAGGAAAGAAGGAUGCUGCCACUGCUAUUUUUAACCUUGCUAUCUAUCAGGGAAACAAGGUGAGGGCUGUAAGGGCAGGGAUUGUGGUGCCACUGAUGAGAUUCCUGAAGGAUGCUGGGGGUGGAAUGGUGGAUGAAGCACUGGCAAUACUGGCUAUUCUUGCCAGCCAUCAAGAGGGAAAAUUGGCUAUUGGCCAGGCUGAGCCCUUCCCUGUUUUGGUGGAAGUGAUAAAGACAGGUUCGCCUCGUAAUAGGGAGAAUGCUGCAGCCGUUUUGUGGUCGUUGUGUACAGGUGAUGCACAGCAUUUGAAAAUAGCAAGAGAGCUUGGGGCAGAAGAGGCAUUGAAGGAGCUUUCAGAGAAUGGCACUGAUAGGGCCAAGAGAAAAGCUGGGAAUAUUUUAGAGCUUCUUCAACGAGUUGAAGUUGUGGUCGACCCCUAAGAUCCAAGCCUCAUGCUUCCAAGAGUUUUUGUUAUGUUGUGCUGCUGUUACAACAACGACAGUGUAAUUUAUAAAUAGAUACUAAGAAAUAUGUGUACAUACAUAUAUAAACAUAUCAGUGUUUUGAAUGAGAAGGUAUGUCAUUAAAUCAA